CACAGCCUAGCACACACCUGAAUAUUUUCAGAGCCAGGUGACAAGACAAGACAACGUCGACAGCGACACGAACUGGGAAAGGACCAAGGAUGAACCUGAGUGCCAUCCUGAGGAGUGUGAGCAACGGUCUAGGCUUUGGGCCCGCCUCAAAAAGGAAGGAUUCGGAUAGCCUGCCGUUCACCACCCGUCAGAGUUCCGUCUCGCGCCCCAGUUCCACGUCGAGCUCCUCAUCGAGGACCCUCGGCACUCCCCCCAACCUCCUGAUCCCCUCGGAGGACGAAGAGGACAUCUCGCCGGGCGAGAACCGAUUGGCCACCGCUGCUGCACAGCUGACCAAACGUCAAAAUCCCUACCAGCAGACCAUCCAGCACAUCCUGCGACUGGUCAGCGAACUGGAGCACACCAUCCACGAGGAUCAGCAGCAGGAAUUCAAGUUGCGAAUGGCCCUCGAUCGGCAGACGGAACGGGUUCAGGAACUAGUGUUUUCACUGGACACGGAGAAGAAGCGGAACGGGCGGCUGGUGCAGCUGAUCCGUGGCAUCGACACCGCCAGCUCCGGGGACAGCGAUCCGGAGGAGAGGAUCCCCAGCGGGUCCCAUGUUAAGUCCAUCGGGGACUUGUACAAUUCCAUCAGUCCCUUGCUCAUGCAACAGCGAUACGAUGAGCUGUCGGUAUCCCAUCGCCAGAGCCGCCGGCAGUUGGCGAAGAAGGAUAAAGCUCUGAAGGUCCUUAAGUGCGAGACGGAGCAGCUGCACUCGAAAUACGAUCAGCUUUUCGAUGAAUAUCGGAGUGAACAGCACCGCUUCGAGAUGCUGUGUGCUCGCUACGUCAAGAUGCAGAUGAAAAAGAAGCAGCAAAUCUUCAACCUGAAGAAUACCCUCAGUCACGCCAGUGAGUGCAUCUUCCACGCCCAACUGGCCAUUGAAGAGGGUUGUCGUCGGGAAGAGUCCUCCAUUUCCCAGGAGCACCUGCUGAACUUCAGCAGGAAUGUGGAGUGUUUCCUAGGUGCCCUGAGGAAUUGCUGCUGCCUGCGAAAAGUGCACGAAAUUCAGCAGCUAAAGCUCGAUACGGAUGAAGUGGAAAAGAAGCAGAUAGAUGAUGAAGUCACUCCAAAGGCCAUGGAACCCUCGAUCGCCAGUAGUGGCACCUACGUUCAGAACUCCUCAAAGCGACAUCCUCGUAUCCGACGUCACAGACAUUCAACUCGUUGAAACUUACCUUUCAGUUACUCCUUAGCGUUAGGUUAAUUGUGAAAAUUUUUACCCAAUAGAAAAUUGCUUCAUUUAGCGAAUGAAAAGUGUAAAAAACCCAAAAAUAUGUUGACACAAAUAUAAAACCCUAUCAAAACCA